CAAGACUGGAAUUCAUAUACUCAGACUUGCAACAAGUGAGGCAAGAUUGGAAAUUGUGUUCCAAGAAAGGAGCUGUUGGAACUAUACAUAACUUUGCAAGUGUAUUUAAAGUGUCUAUGAUACUUAUGUGUCUCAAAGUGAUUCUAACAUAUUUAACUUGUAUGCGUAAAAUAUGCGUCUUGAUUAAAAGGCCAAUAACCGUUUAGUGUCAUGAUCCUAAUGUGCUGGAAGCAUACUGUAAAAUAUAAAAUGGCUUCCAGGAGCUAUUUAGGAUUUACAGUGAAAGCCACUUAGCCAAAGCAGCAAAAGCAGCGUUUUAUGAGACCUCUCUGCGAUAUUCAGCUCUUUUUGUUGUUGUUUGGGAUCUCAUACAACUCCCCUGCUUACUUGUCUUCAAGAGUGAGUGCAUGCACAACUUGGACCAGAAAUAGCACUUCAAAGUUUUGCAUUACGCUGGUGCGGUGAUGCCUCUGAAGGCUACAGCUGUGAGCCUCAUGAACCCCAUGCGCAAAGGCCAUUUAAUAAACAUCUUUUGGAUCCGUCAUGUCUCAAAAUAUUGACUCAAUUUCUAACGUGCUGGAUAUGACGCUGUCAGCAACGAUUUUGACAAGUCAAUUCAGAGAAAUAACCAAGAGGAAUAACGUUGUAUUUAUUUUUUCUCAUAUAAGAAUAUGAGCCAAGUGAGUAAGUGUCCUAUUAUUCAGCAUAUUCAAGGCAAUUGCUUUGGUUUAAAUAUGAAAACAACAUAUAUUCAGUCUUCCAAAAACACAAGUUCACAUCAUGUCCAGUUGAUUUUUUUAUCAACGAAAAUUUAAAGAUCGUGAUUAAAUAUUUUAUGGUUAAAUAUUAACGACCGCCUGUGACAAUAAAUUCAGGCUGUAGUCCCACAACCCCCACAUAUUACUUCACCGUAGAAGUUAAAUAACACAUUAACACACUUCAUGUUUGACAUCUAAGUGAUCACCACUCUAUGUGACCGUCUUUAAGGUCACAGUAAUUUAUUUUUUGUCUCCAACUGCAAAGAUUAAGUGUUCAGUCCAAACAACCCCCCCAAAAUUUGCAGCGGUCGGUAACACAAUUUUGGUUGCAACACACCAGAUAUAACUCAAAACACUUGAAACAAUAAAGUCACAUGUGUUAAAGUAAUAACUGUUAAUUAUAUAAGUAUCACUAUGGCAAGACAAAAAAAAAAAAUCUAAAUUUGCUAUUUGUGAUAUUCAAGUAAAUUAGUAAAAUAUUUCGGCCAUUCAUGUUUGUUACAGAGACGAACAAUGUCCACCGUACUGCAGACUGUAAACCGUGUACAGUAAAAUCCAAACAUUACUCGAUAUUUUAAUGACUACACAUUGGAUUUUAUAAAUAGUCCUGGUUUAAAAAGACAAAGUCCAUGGAAAAAAUAACCAUGAGUGACUGGUAAAUCAUUUAUAUGGCAUGUUGUUAGGAUUAGAAUAACUAAUAUCUCUCAUUUAAGCACUCAAACAAAAAGAAUAAAGGAAUCACUAAGCUCAAGUACUACACUUUGUAGGAUAAUAUUGUAGUAACCGAUACUUACAGUGCACACACGUUUUAUUUUGAACUUAAGUCUGCAACGGCACUACCUCCUGUGACCCUCAGCUGCUGCCGUCCUGGGUCUAAAGCAAAAUUACCCCGGAUCAUAACAACAGGUCCCGUCCAUUAAAUUUUUUUUUCCUCGGGACAAUGGCCGCAGCUCGCCCUAUUCACACUUCCUACACACACCGAUCCCAGCGAGCAGAGCGCGGAGUCAGCACUGUAGUGCGCGCUGAAGAGCUAACGACUGGAUAUGUAAAUAUGGGUAUUUAUCUUAGCGCAUAAUAAUGGUAUGUACUCCGGACUAUUUUAAACUCCCACGUGGAGUUUUCCUUUGGUUAAGUUGACAAGUUUUGUCUCCGCUCACGCCGAUCUUUUACGUGCGUAAAGUUGUGCGUAAUUUGUGCGUAAAGUUGUCCUUCACACGUUGCGAGGCAAAAUGAAGAUAUCACUGCAUUAUUUAUGAUCCUUACAACUUUUAUAGGGACAAUAUGCAUACUCUUGCGAGGCAGUCUGUUUUGUAAUUGCAUAAUCAAAGUGGGGAAAUUGGUCUUUCAUAGCCGCGCAGCCUUUGUUCGCUUUGACAAAAGAAAGACGACUGUAUAUCUGGAUCAACUUUUUAGGAGUUUUAUUGUACAAUAACCUUUGCAUAACAACUAUUUUUCUCAAGCGUUGCCUGAGGCACUGCGCAUGCGUGCUGGCUGCUCGCUGUCACUAAGACAUUUUUCUUCACGUUGGAAACUGUCACUGGUGACGUCAAUCAGCGAGCUCUGACCAAUUAGAGCGCAGGGUGAUUGUUUAGCUCCACGGGCUGCAGCGCCUACCAUGAAUCUCUAUUCAGUAUCAAAGCGUCCUGCUGCUGCCUCUCAACCGAAUGGGAUUCCAUGUAGUCUGCAGAUAGACUUAACUUUAUAAAGUCUUUUUUCUUUAUUUUUCAUUGCGAUUAAAAUAUAUUUGUCAUCAUCAUUAUUAUUUUGCCUGCUGUCAAGUUAUUCUAAAAUUAGGAAGUAAUGAGCGUGGAUGCAUUGGGAAGCCCCGUGAUGGACCCUACGUUUUCCAAACGGAACACGGCGCUGAGAUUAGUUGACUUGGCAGGGGCUCACCACCAUCACCAUCAUCACCACCAUACCCCUCAGAGCGUGACAGGCUUCCCGGGGUUCAGCAGCCAUCCACACUCAAUGGCUCACUCGCACCCUGGGGAGAUUACUGCGGAACCCCGCCUGGGGCCGAGUCCAUUCGGGCCAGAACACAUGGGGCACUCCGCGGCCCUCAAAAUCAGCCCAGCCCAUCAUUAUCCCCACCACCAUCACCACCACCACAAUCAUCAUAUGGCAGGCCACAGUGAAGUGGUCUCCAGUCAAACGGGAGCUUUUGGCCCGGUUCAGGCGACAUCGGUCCCCUAUUCUAUGUCUCACACGGCCCAGGCUUUAUCCGCAGGUAGGGAUUUCCUCAUCCGGAGAGAUCUGACAGCUCAAGCCAUGCCAGUACUGACUGACCAGACUGCUGGUUCAGCCUCUCACCACGGAAUGUUUGUCUCAACAACAGGUAGCUAUCCCGGACACUAUGGUCAUCACCCUGACGCUGGGAACCAUACCCUCUUCUCUGGACUCCAUCACGACCAGCCUUCUAGCGGAUCACCGGGUGGCCAAGCGUUGAAUGGACAAAUAAGGUUAGGACUACCUGGAGAAAUGUAUGUAAGGUCUGAUCACUUGAGUCAAGUAGCAAGCUCCAGGGCUGAUCCGUUCUCCGCCUCGCCUUUGCAUGGCUACGGUGGUCUGAAUCUGAACAUGAAUCUUAGCGCUCACCACCACCACCACCACGGAGCCGGUGCCUUUUUUCGCUACAUGAGGCAGCCGAUAAAGCAAGAGCUGAUUUGCAAGUGGCUGGAGCCGGAGCACUCGCCGAAGAAACUUUGCUCUAAAACUUACAGCACCAUGCAUGAACUGGUAACGCAUGUGACGGUGGAGCACGUCGGAGGACCAGAGCAGGCGAACCAUAUAUGUUUUUGGGAAGAGUGUCCGAGGGAAGGCAAACCAUUUAAAGCCAAGUACAAACUUGUAAAUCACAUUCGAGUGCACACCGGGGAGAAACCGUUUCCAUGCCCAUUCCCAGGCUGUGGGAAAGUGUUUGCAAGAUCCGAGAAUCUUAAGAUUCACAAAAGGACGCACACAGGUGAGAAGCCCUUCAAAUGUGAGUUUGACGGCUGCGACAGACGCUUCGCCAACAGCAGUGACCGGAAAAAGCACUCCCACGUCCACACCAGCGAUAAGCCCUACAACUGCAAAGUGAGAGGCUGCGAUAAGUCCUACACACACCCCAGCUCCCUGAGGAAACACAUGAAGGUGCACUGCAAGUCCCCCCCGCCCAGCUCAGGCUACGAGUCAUCCACCCCGUCCCUGGUCUCCCCCUCCUCAGACUUGGGCCGGGAGCCAGGAGGCUCAUCGGUGCUGUCGGAGCCGGUGGGAGCCUCCCAGCCCGCGAAUUUAAGUGAAUGGUACGUGUGCCACAGUUCAGGUGCCAGCGGCGCCCAGACACCGCCCAGCGGGCCCUCCACACCCGACCCCACAGACGAGCCACCUUACAGAAACCCAGAACCGAGGGACGCGUUUUAACCCAAUUGGACUCAAACAAAACGCGGUGUCACAAGUGAGAGAACAUUUCCAAAAGCUCAACUAUUAAAAAUGGUUUUGGCUUUUGGUGCCUAUACGCCUGUGAAGGCCCACUGGUCCCCCCCCUUUUUUUUUUGGAUGAGCCACCAAACAGACACCCAGAGCCAAGAGACGCGUUUUAACCACAUUGGAAGGAAAAUGUGCAAACCUUAAAGACGUGCUAAUUUCUAGGCACAAUAAAAGAAUAUAUUUUCAAACCUCAGCGACUCAAAAUGGUUGGCUCAGUGCCUACACGCCCUGACGGCCCACUGCUCCACUUGUGGAGAGAGUCGUGUAAAUCCGUUAGAAGAUGUGGUACUUUAUUGUAGGCUAGGCAUGUUGGUGUAAAAUUAUUUUGUAAAUUCGAGUUCUGACUUCAAUAUGUUUUUAUUUAUUUUUCAAUCUGAUCUUGAAGGAUUUUUUUGUAGGCCUAUUAUCGAACCAAAGUGCAUGUUUCAGUUAGGGCAUAAAUGUACAUUUGUAAAUUUUGUAAGUUUCGAUGUGUUGAUGUUGAUAGUUUUGUAAGGAUCUGUCUCAAAGCAGUUUCUUACCGAUUACUGCAGUUAUUUGUACAAACAUUUUAUGUUUACAGCAUUUUUCUUUCCAUUUGUGCAGAGGGUCAACAAUCGAGCUGUUUCAUAAGCCUGCAGUAUUUGAUAUACGACCGUGAAAUUAUAAAUGUUUUAUCAAAGUGGGCAUUUUGUGGUUUUGUAUCAUUGUCGUCAAUAUAUAUAUUUUUUUCUUUUUGAAUAUCUGAAAUCCAGCGGCACUCAAAAUGCGUACCGAAUUGCCUUGUAAUUUGUGAGUAUUUUGAAUAAAUCUUGUAUGACUAAAGUGAAAA